GUGGCAUCGGAACGGAUGUGAGGUCACGGGCGGGGCGGAAGUUAAGUCAUUGCCUGGGGAACGGAUUGUGAAGAGGUUCGGAGAGUCACCCGAACAUGUCCCACGGAAGUUGUUUCCUUGGAUCCAGAACACCAAUGGAAGUUGACUUGAUGGUAAAGCAAUUAAAGGAUUUAGACAAAGAAAUCUUCAGAAAAAUACUUAAAGUUGUCGUCAAUUCACUCGAAGGAAAAGAUUCCAGAGAAUCUGUGAGGAGUAUCGUCGAGACAGAAAGCCUGUCUGAGGAGCAGCUAAGUUAUAUCCUAGCGGGCAUGUACACUUUGCUUGGAGAAGCUCUGCGGUUACCACAAACAUCCCUCAAGCAAGAGGUUUUUAAGGGGGAUCUAAGGGACCUCAGGAUUCCAGAGGAAUUUAUUUCUGACUUUGCGAGUGUUGUAUUUGGUAACAGAAGGUCAGUAUUGGAGACUGCAGCCUUGCAAAACCGGACUCGAUUGCCAACUCUUAAGGAUUUCAGAUGGAGAGUUGAUGUGGCUAUUUCUUCCAGUUCUUUGACUCGCGCCUUGCAGCCUGCUAUACUGAUGCAGUUAAAACUGUCGAAUGGUAAUGUCCAUCGUUUUGAAUACAGGCAGACCAUAACAUACAAGGGCAUAAAGAUCAUAGGAAGAUUGAAUGGAUCAAGGUGUAGUAAUUUUUACAGACUUAAAAUUGAGGUUUAAAAAUGCUGAACAAUUGUAAGAAAUAAAGAGAGCUUACAAAGAGGCUUCGUGUGUAUGUGCCAUCUUAAAUCCAGAAGCAUCCCCACCACUAAGGUUAAACUGACUGGUCUCUAAUUGCUGGAUUCAUCCUUACAAAUGUUCUUGAAUUAUGUCUGCAUAACAUUUGCAAUUCUCCAAUCUUCUGGCACCUCCCUCGAGUCCAGGGAAGACUGAAAGUUUGCAAGUACAGAGUUUCAUUUCUCCAGGUAUUUUUCAACAAUUUGAAAAUGCCAUUUUCUUUUUACUUUUCCAUUGUGCAUUUAUUCUGUAAAUCCAGUGUUUCCAUCAUGGAGUCAUGGAGACGUACAGCGCAAAAACAGACCCUUCGGUCCAACUUGUCCAUGCCUACAAGUAUCCUAAAUUAAUCUAGGCCCAUUUGCCAGCGUUUGACUCCUUAUUCCUGUUCUACCUUAUUCUACCAAUAGCAAAAUAAUCCACUGUACUUUAUACUCCACCUUAUGUGGUUUUUCUCCAUUUGCUUAUGAUUAAAGUGAUACAUAGUUGUUCUGUUUCCAACAAUCUUCUAUUAUUGGAUCAAACAGGCACAGAGAAAAAUAUCUAAACAUUAAAAAAUAAGACUAUCAGCAAAACUAUAUAAGAUUGUUAGAAGACUUGAGAAGGUAGCUGCAGAAAGGUAAUUGAAGAGUCUAGGACCUAAGGGCAUUACCUCAGAAUAAGAGGUUGCAUGUUUAGGAUAGAGAUGAGGAGGAAUGUUUUCUCUCAA